GUCAAGACAUUAUUUUCUGAAAGAAAAAAAAGACGUGUAAAUUAAUUUCUGAUUUUCUGUACAUAUUUGACAUAUCUCUAAAUAAAGUAGUAUUUUAUUGGGCUUAAAAUUGUUAAGAGAGGUUUCACACAGUCUGUGGCGGUGAAGAGACUGAAUAGCCAGAGAUAAACACUUCUACAAACAACUAAGGAGGAUGAAGGUGGUGCUAGCAGUUCUUUUUUCUGCUCUCCUUGUCAUGGUAAUCCCACCAAAUUCAGUUGAGGCAGAUGGGGAAUUAGGACAGCAAUGGUGUAUUGUUGAUCAUCAAGCCUCUAAUGAAACUAUUCAAGGGGCACUAAACUGGGCAUGUUCGCAAGGGGAUGAUAUCUGCCUUAAUAUACAAGAAGGAAAGCCUUGCUAUCUCCCCAACACAUUGGAAGACCAUGCUUCCUAUGCUUUCAACAGUUACUAUCAAAAAUUCAAGAGUCAAGGUGCCGCUUGUUAUUUCAAUGGUGCUGCCAUGGCUAAUGAAGAGGACCCACGUUAUGGUUCAUGCAAGUACGAGAUACUUCCCUAAUCUGAAAUGAAGAACCUACUACCUUCGAUCUGAUUUUUUAUUGUUUAUGACGAGCUUCAUCGUUCUAUUACACAAUUUUUUCUUUUUAUUCUCUUUAAAGGAAAAAUGCUCAAUUAUUUCCGGAAUGGAAUUCAAAUCAAUAAUGUUACUUUCUUACUUAUUCAAAUUUUUCAACUUUUA